UCCAUCCCUUUCGAUCCCGUUUCCCCGCGACCCAGAUUUUAUCGACCGUAGGACGAUCCUGGAUCAGCUCCACCGCCGAAGUGCUGCGUCAGGGUCACAGACCGCGCUGGUGGGAUUGGGUGGGAUUGGGAAAUCACAGCUUGCCAUUGAAUACGCAUAUCAGGCUCACGAGCGAUCGCCUAAGACAUGGAUUUUCUGGGUUCAUGCCAGUAACGCCGCCCGGUUUGAGCAGAGCUAUCGAGAGCUUGCGGAUGACGUCAAGCUCUUUGGGCGGCGGGACCCCAAGGCCAACAUCUUUAAGCUUGUGCACGACUGGCUGCGAGAUAGCACGAAUGGAAAGUGGAUUCUUAUACUUGACAACGUUGACGAUGCUCACUUCCUCCGCAGAUCGUCCGCUGCGAGAAUAUCUCCCUCUCAAAGCCCUAAUGGAUCAGUCCUGAUAACAUCGCGGAGCAGGGAGGCCGCACUGAAACUAGUGGAACAGCGGAAUAUUAUAACAGUUGAACCGAUGGACAACGCGCACGCACAAGCAUUGUUUGAGAAGAAGCUGGGAAAGCAGGAUGGUAGCCAGGAUAUUAUGGAGCUUGCAGCAACGUUGAACUUCAUCCCGCUGGCGAUUGUCCAAGCGGCCGCAUAUAUUUCCGACCCAGAUCGGGACUGUUCGGUACGCCAUUACCUUGACGAGUUUCAGAAGAACGAUCGCAAGAAGAUCCGUCUAUUAGGCCGUGAAGAGAGCCAGUUUCGUCGAGAUUGGGAGGCUAAGAACUCGGUCCUGACAACAUGGCAGAUCUCGUUUGACAGCAUACGCCAAAGCCGACAGUCUGCGGCUGAUUUACUGUCGCUAAUGAGUUUCUUUGAUCGCCAAGGGAUUCCCGAGGCUCUCCUCCGGAACCGUAUUGAACGAGAUGUCAAGGAAACCUAUAGCGAUGAUGAGAACGAUAGAGCAUCACAAUCGAGCGUGACUGAUGAGUUCAACGAUGAUAUCCUCAAAUUACGAAGAUACUCCUUGAUCUCUAUAAAUGUAGACCGAACGACCUUUAAUAUGCAUAGUCUGGUGCAGCUUGCAACACGAAGAUGGCUGGAAGCGAACGGCGAGCUGGAGAAGUGGAAAUAUCAAUAUAUCCAGAAUCUGAAUGCGGAGUUUCCUAAUGGAGAGUAUGAGAAUUGGGAGCAGUGUCAAAUACUAUUCCCGCAUGCAAAGUCGGCCGCAAGGCAACAGCCACAAGGCCGAGACGCUUCAAUCGAAUGGGCUUCAGUGCUGUACAAGGCUGCAUGGUAUGAUUGGAGGAAAGGUAAUGGUGCUGAGGGAGCAAAGCUGUCAGUCACAGCGAUAAAGACUUGGAAGAAGUAUCUCGGUCUAGAACAUGAAAAGACGUUAAAUAGUAUGAGCAUGGUGGGAUUAAUACACUUGCUUCAGGGUCGAUGGAAAGAGGCGGAAGAGCUGUUUGUGCAAGUAAUGGAGACAUUCAAGACAGUGCUAGGAGCUGAGCAUCCCGACACUCUGACCAGCAUGGCGAACUUGGGAUUAACCUACCAGGAUCAGGGUCGAUGGAAUGAAGCGGAGAAGCUGGAGGUGCAAGUAAUAGAGACAUGCAAGACAGUGCUGGGAGCUGAGCAUCCCUUGACUCUGACCAGCAUGGCAAACCUGGCAUCAACCUACCGGUAUCAGGGUCGAUGGAAUGAAGCUGAGAAGCUAGAUGUACAAGUAAUGGAGAUAAGGAAGACAGUGCUAGGAGCUGAGCAUCCCUCCAUGCUGACCAGCAUGGCGAACCUAGCAUUAACCUACCAGGAUCAAGGUCGAUGGAAUGAAGCGGAGAAGCUGGAGGUGCAAGUAAUGGAGAUAUCCAAGACAGUGCUGGGAGCUGAGCAUCCCGAUACUCUAACCACCAUGAAUAACCUUGCCUAUACUUGGAAAUCUCAGGGAAAGCUACAAGAUGCCGUGACCAUAAUGAAAAAAUGCUCCCACCUGCGCAGCAAAAUAUUAGGGCCUAGUCACCCCAGCAUCUAA